GAUGAGAAGCCUAGCGACCACACAUUCCAAGAGCCAGUCAAAAGAAAGAGAACUAGUGAAUUUUUGGGAGAAUCGACAGCCACAACGCAAUUAGAAACUGAUGGUGUCCGUUCAGCAGGCAGGGCUGGCAGCGAAGUAAACAAAUUCAUUUCGUCUCCAAAAACUCGAAAAUUGUCAUCGUCUUCUGCAUUUUCGCCUGCGACGAGUGACGAAGAAAGCUCUGAUGGCCCUGAAAAGAAAUCCAUUUCAUAAGUCUAGAACAAAUAAUUCCGCACGCGUGAAAACCUUACUAUUUUACGGCGCGAAAGCUUUCUACAUCUUUUUUUACUUUCUUUUCCGUCGAUCUUCACGUGUCCCGUUUUUUCCGAUUCUGAAACUUGUGUCAUGUGGCACAUUAGCCAAGAAUAUAACCUUUUCACGUCGCUCUUUCGUAUAGAAAUGCUGCUUUAUCGACAUCAGCGUUUGAGGUUGGAGGUUGGAGGUUGAGGUUGGAGGCCUUGAAAGCCGAAAUGAAUCAAAAGUCCUCUGACGACAUACAGUCCCUGAAAGACAAGGUGCGAUAUCUACAAGAGGAAAACGACAACCUUAAAUGCAAGCUGAAGUUCUGCGAAGAGUUCACCAACGUCAGGACAUGGAUUGACCAACUCAUCGCAAAACAAAAAGCGAAUAAGCAGCUGUCGUCGUCAUCCGAGUCGUCAUCUGACGUUAUUGCCACUGUCAGCAAAAUCGAUGAGCCCCCUCGCAACUGCAGUGAGGCGGCUAAGUUGGAAUCUAAAAUCGACUUGGAAAACCCAUUGUUUAUCGAGGCUCAAUUUCCAAUAACCGAAAAGGUUAUUGAUAGUAUCCCGUCCAAAAAUAAAAAAUCCGACAAACGCUUUGUCGCUGCUCUUUUACGUCUUAUGUAUCCGGAAGAAUAUCUUGCAACACACACUAUGGGUGCCAACCUCACUGGUAAACCAUCAAUGGAUGAAAAGGAACUAACACAAAUAAUUGACCAAACUCUUAUCUACUUUAACUACAUCAAACUUCCCAAAAAUGAAAAGGACGAAAAGAUUUCCGUUAUUAGAAAAGCCAUCACCACAACUCUGAAUAACAUAAAACAGAAGAAUAGAAAAAAAUAG